UGACAUCUUCCGGGCAACGCAAUGUAACUAAUGUGUGUCUGAGGGUCUGAGAGAACCGCUGGGAGAUAAACCACUGAUGGGCCUGGACUUGAACUCAGACUCCAGGAACUGUAACACCAACUUCUGUGACAACUAAAAAGUGAACAGAGAACCUUACCAUUGACGUCUUUUGGACUGUGGCACAGGAGGAGAGUAAAUCAGCUCUAAACUCACUCCAUGUUCCUUUUUUAUUUCAGGCCUCUUGAGACAACAUGCUGCUCUUGAUGUUUCUGGUUGCUGCUGCUUCCUCUGUGGUCGGUUGGAGUGAGUGGGGAGCCACUUAUAAGCCACAGCAGAUCUGCGCAUUUGAAGGAUCAACUGUGAGGAUUAACUGCGUGUACAAACAUCCUUCAUAUGUUUAUAUUCAAAGAGAAAUGUGGUUUUAUGGUCCUUGGGAAUACAACAAAAUAGUCGAUGGAGAAACCACAGUGUAUCACACAGAUGAGCAGGAAGUGUCCAUCAGUCACAGACACCGAGUUGAGUUCUUGGGGAACAAAAACAAAAUGUGCUCCAUAAAUAUCAGCAACGUGAGCAGAGAGGAGAGCGGUUUCUACAAGUUUAGAUUUGAGGGGUCGGGUUUCACACAAUACUGGACCAAAGUGCCAGGAGUCAACGUGACCAUCACAGGUCUAAUGGUUGAAGCAACAGCAAAGAAGGUAAUGGAAAAUGACUCAGUAACCCUGAGGUGCAAUACCAACUGCAGUCUUAAUGGCAGCGUCUUCUCCUGGUUCAGAAAUGGACGACGCUUAAAUCAAAACUUAAGGGAGCAUCACAUCCGCAGAGUCUCCUAUGAGGACCAUGCCAGCUUCUCUUGUCAGACUGGGAAUGUCUCAUCCCCAGAGCUUCUACUAAAUGUCGAGUAUGCUCCCAAGAAUGCAUUUAUCACAGUUAAGCCCUCCACUCGUAUAGAAGGAAAAUCGGUGACGUUACAUUGCAAAGCUUUGGCAAACCCUCAUGGCACCUACACCUGGGUCAAGGAGAACACCAGCCAUGUAGGAACAGGGGAGCAACUCCACAUCAGUGAGUUUAACAAAAGUCACCAGGGUUCUUAUUACUGUGAAGCCACAAACAACUAUGGGAUGACAAACUCUGCUGCAGUCCAACUAACAAUAAAUGAAAGCAUGAAUGGUUCAGAGAACAAGAAUUAUCUUCUGUAUCCUUUAUUGGGUGUUGUCGUCCUAGCAGGACCUGCAUUGCCAAUUUUUGUAUUUCUAAGGUAAAGGGGUCUCUAUUAUUAUUAUU